AUGGGCAAUUUAGAUAAAAAAGAUGAAAGUAGAGUUGGUAGAGAUCAACAAAGAUAUGCUGAAAGUGGUGCCAGAAUGGUAGCUGGGUGUAUUUGUUUGAAUGAAGCCAAAGACAAAGUAAUUAUGAUACUGUCAUCUAAACACAAGGACAGGUGGAUUUUACCAAAAGGAGGAAUUGAAUUGGAUGAAGGUGAAGAUUUUGUUGUAAGUGCUGUAAGAGAAACUUGGGAAGAAGCUGGAAUUGAAGGUAAAAUCACCCAAAAAUUACCAGUUGUUUAUGACAAACGUAAGGAUGCUCCAAUUAUUAAAGGUGAAUUUAACGAUAUCAUCCCCAAGACAGAAUUCCAUUUCUAUGAGAUGAUUAUAGAUACUUUAAGUGUUAAGUGGCCAGAGAGUGAUAAAAGACAGAGGAAAUGGUGUAGUUAUUCCGAAGCUAAACAUGAAUUAAUAAAAUCCAAUAGGUUGGAAUUAAUUGAUGCUUUGAAUAGUUGUGAUAUCUUAAAGGAUGAAGAACUCGAUGAAGACGCUUAUUAG